GACUCAAUUCAUAAGUAGAUCCCCCCUAUUCUAUUCCAGUCAAUUGAUCUCAUCUGACUUAACGACAGCAAUCUUCAUCAUCCCAACUCGUCAAAAUCCAGAAACAAAACCACAGUCUACACAAAAAUCAACCCCGCCAUGGCCUCACAACCUCCGGUCGCGGGGUCCGACGCCGCCCUCCCGCUCAUCGACAUCAAACCGCUGCUCAAGAAACUCUGGCCCGUCCCGGACGCCGGCCUCGCCGUGAGCGCCGAUGAGAUCGCCGAGGCCAUCUCCCACUUCUUCACCCACCAGGUCUCCGACACCCAGGCCGCCUCCCUCCUCAUCGCCCUGCACUUCACCAACCUCGACCGCCGCGCCGACGUAAUGGCCCGCUCCGCGCACUACAUGCGCCGCGCCGCCGCCAAAGUCGACUUUGACGAUCUCUCCCGCGUGGUCAAGCAAAAGGCGCUCGGCGCGGGCACCUACGCCGGCGGACUGUGCGACAUCGUCGGAACGGGAGGCGAUGCCCACAACACAUUCAACAUCAGCACCACCGCCUCUAUCCUCGCCUCCUCCCUCCUGUUGGUCGCCAAGCACGGCAACCGCGCCAGCACCUCCAAGUCCGGCUCCGCGGACCUCGUCAACAACAUGCAGCCCCGCCCGCCCGUCCUCAUGGCCGUCUCCCCAGAGACAAUCUCACAAGUAUACGCCGCCACAAACUACGGCUUCCUCUUCGCCCCCGUCUUCCACCCGGGCAUGCGCUACGUCGCGCCCAUCCGCAAAGAACUCCCCUGGAGGACGAUCUUCAACCUCCUCGGCCCCCUGGCAAACCCCGUCGAGGAUAUCCUCGAAGCCCGCGUCAUCGGUGUAGCGAGGAAGGAGCUCGGCCCCGUCUUCCUCGAGGCCCUCAAGAUCAGCGGUUCGAAAAAAGCCAUGAUCAUCUGCGGCGAGGAGGAGCUGGACGAGGUCAGCUGCGCGGGCCCGACACUGGUCUGGAGGCUCAGCGAGGCGUCCCCUGGCGGUGAGGUCGUGGCGGAUCACUUCAAGGUGCAGCCGAGCGAUUUCGGCUUGGGAACGCACCCCCUCAACACCGUAUCCCCCGGGAAAGAGCCGGCUGAGAAUGCCGAGAUUCUGAGGAGGAUACUGGCGGGCGAGAUGGCCGACAACGACCCCAUUCUCGAGUUUGUGUUGAUGAACGCCGCGACGCUGUUUGUCACGUCGGGUAUCUGCGAGGCCGAGACGAGCAACAUGGGUCCCGGCGACGAUGGCCAGGUGAUUACCGAAAGGGGCCCUGGUGGAGGUCGCUGGAAGGAGGGUGUGCGGAGGGCGCGCUGGGCUGUCAAGAGCGGCGAGGCCUGGAAGCAGUGGAAGGCGUUUGUCGACGUCACAAACAGCUUCAGCCAGUAGAGUAUGUGCAACUGGAGGGUACCAGAUUAUGAGGAUAAAAAGUGUGAAUAUGGGAGUUCAGCCAAGACAAAAAGGAAAGCAAGGAAAUGGAACAUCACGGUCCCAGCUCGAAAUGCACCACGAGAAAAAAAGGUGCUGCUCAGAGGAAAUCUAGAGUCUCGUACGCUUUUUUGUAGCCUUCUCUCUUCUAUCACAACUUUUGAUGAUGCAACUAUGUCCUUGAUUUC